CGGGCGCCCGCCUAUCUACCUUCCAACUGCGGGGCUGAUUGGCAUGAACCUUGCAAAACGCUAUCAGAUAGUUGCUUCACCUCCAUAUCGUUGGCGACGUCUAUCGUCUAUAGAUCAUGACACUCUGAUUAACCUGGGUUUCGAUGCGGAUCGGUACAACAUCAAAGAGAGAGCUUGUCUUGUGUCAACAGAUCAGGGUGAGGUUACGAUUCAGGAGACCGUUCGCGAAUUUGUCCCUCUGAUGACGUACCACCCAUGGAUGGGUGAAGACGCUUUCCUCCAUGCACAAAGGGUUCCGUCAAGUAACGCGAUAUGAUACGGACAAGUCGC